AUGGACGCUGAUGAUAAAGACUUGAAACGUGGAACUAUUCAAUUGUUUUUUCGUACAUCCUUCAAGAAGAAAAGAGUUGAUAUUACUACUUCUACUAUUGACAAAUCCUCACAAUCACAGAUCACAGAACCUGACGAAGUAGCUUGUUGUUCAACAGAUAAACCAAUUGGAUCUUCAUCGUCAUCGUCAUUAAUAUCAUCUUCAUCAGAAACAUUUUUACUGCCAUCAUCUUCAACAUCUACAAAUUCACCAUCAACACUUUUACCAUCAUCAUCAUCAAUAUCACCAAAUUCACCAUCAACACUUUUACCACCAUCAUCAUCAUCAUCAAUGUCACCAAAUUCACCAUCAACACUUUUACCACCACCAUCAUCAUCAAUAUCAUCAAAUUCAUCAUCAACACUUCUACCACCAUCGUCAUCAUCAAUAUCACCAAAUUCACCAUCAACGCUUUUAAUAUCAUCACUAACAACGUCUCCGCCUUCAGCAAUGGCAGCAGGUACAGAAAUAUCUGUGAUUCCUUUAGAUAUUAGUCGUUCUUCAAAAGAUUCACCUAGUCAACCAAAAUUACCUUCGUAUAAAACAAACAAAGAAAAUCGAUCAUUUCAUUCACAAUGGUAUGCAAGAUUUAAAUGGUUAGAAUACUCAAUCGAACGAGACAGUGUUUUUUGCUACUAUUGUCGUCAUUUUGGUGAUACUAUUAAUGUCUUAAACAGGAAUCAAAGUGAUGCAUUCGUUUCUGGAUACAAUAAUUGGAAAAAUGCCUUGACUAAAAGUCAAGGUUUACCUAAACAUGAACUUAGUGUGUCGCACAGAUAUGCCGCUUCAAAUUAUGAACAAUUUAUUUUACGUACAAGUACUCAAACAAGCGUAAUACAUGUACUUGACAAAGGACGUGCUGAAUUAAUUCGAAAAAAUCGACAACGUCUUUCAAAAUCUAAUAAUCGCGAAAAUAAUAAUCCAACAUCAUUAAAAAAAUGGGCCGACACGAGAUGGGACAGUAGAUGGUCUUCAAUCAAUUCUAUAAUUCUAAACUACAAAGCUCUUAUUAUUUCUUUACAAGAAUUAGAAGAUGAAGGAAAUGAAAGAUCUGUUGAUGCACGCGGUUUACUUUUAUCAGUUAAAGCACCAAUAUUCGUUGUAUCCUUAUUUAUCGUACACAAGAUAUUUGGAAUCAUUAAAGUAUUGUCGGAUCAGUUAAAAGCCAAAUCCAUUGAUUUUUGCAAAGCUCAAUGUUUAAUAAAAUCAGUUAUUGCUCAAAUAGCUGAUCUUCGUAAUGAACAAGCAUUUUCUUAUAUGUAUUUAAAAGUUACCAGCUUUUGUAAAGAGCAUGAUGUUGAUAUAUUAUCAACACCACGAGCACAAAGAAAUAGAAAAUUAUCAAUCAGAUUUAAAGAUGUUUUUAUUAGUACUAGUAUUGGUCAACGUGACAAUGUGAAUAAUGAAGAUCAAUAUCGAACAAAUCUUUAUUAUCCGUUAAUUGAUUCCAUCUUGAUCGAAUUAAACGAUCGUUUUUCUUUUGAAAAUAUGCAAAUCUUAAAUGGAAUAUCAGCUCUUUGUCCCGACAGCGACAAUUUUUUGAAAAUUGACGUAUUAAAACCUUUUGCGUUACAAAUGAAAACUGAUUUACACUCAUUAGACAAUGAAAUUCGGGUUCUCGAACCUAUGAUGAAAAACUCAAAAUCAAAAACUAUUGUUGAACUCUAUGUUGAAUUAUUGCCACUGGCAAAGGCAUUUCCAACGGUUAUGUUUCUUAUCGUUACCGCCAUGACUAUACCUGUCUCGUCAACAACCUGUGAGAGAACAUUUAGUAAAAUGAAAUUGAUAAAAACAACAACACGUAAUACAAUGUCCGACGCUCGGUUGAAUGAUUUAUGUGUUAUAGCAGUGGAACGUGAUUUCAAGAUUGAUUUCGAAAAACUCAUGGAUGAUUUUUCUGAUUUGCACAAAAAUAGUAGAAUUCUCUUGAAGUAA